AUGCUCCGGGCUGUCCUGGGAGCUCCGCAGCGGGUCCUGAAGGAGGGGAGAGCAUCUCCACAGCUGGUGCUGGUGGUGGUGUUUGUCGCUCUGCUCCUGGACAACAUGCUCCUGACGGUGGUGGUGCCCAUUGUGCCUACCUUCCUGUAUGCCACAGAGUUCGAAGAAGCCAACUCUUCCCUGCCCACCAGCAAUCCUGUCAGCCCCCAGCAGGCUCUCUCCUCGGCUUCCUUCUCCACCAUCUUCUCCUUCUUUGACAACACCACCACGAUUGUGGAAAGAAGUGCAACCAUGGGCUCUGCUCUCCCAACCUGGCCUCCAGUCACAGAAGCCAGCUCGGCACAUAAAAACAACUGCUUGCAGGGCACAGAGUUCUUGGAGGAAGAGAACGUCCGAGUUGGGGUUCUGUUUGCUUCAAAGGCUUUGAUGCAACUUCUGGUCAACCCAUUCGUGGGACCUCUCACCAACAGGAUUGGCUAUCAUAUUCCCAUGUUUGCUGGCUUUGUUACCAUGUUUCUCUCUACACUGAUGUUUGCUUUUUCUGGCACCUACGCCCUAUUGUUUGUGGCUCGCACCCUUCAAGGCAUCGGAUCAUCCUUUUCAUCUGUUGCAGGUCUUGGAAUGCUGGCCAGUGUCUACACUGGUGACUAUGAGAGAGGAAGAGCCAUGGGAAUUGCUUUGGGGGGCUUGGCUCUGGGAGUGCUGGUGGGCGCUCCCUUUGGAAGUGUGAUGUACGAGUUUGUCGGAAAGUCUGCUCCAUUUCUCAUCUUGGCCUUCCUGGCACUUCUGGAUGGAGUGCUCCAACUUUGCAUCCUGCAGCCUUCUAAAGUCUCUCCUGAGAGUGUCAAAGGGACUCCGCUCCUCACACUUCUCAAAGAUCCUUACAUCCUGGUGGCUGCAGGUUCUAUUUGCUUUGCCAACAUGGGAGUGGCCAUCCUGGAGCCCACUCUGCCCAUCUGGAUGAUGCAGACCAUGUGCUCUCCUGAGUGGCAGCUAGGUCUAGCUUUCUUGCCUGCCAGUGUGUCCUAUCUCAUCGGCACCAACCUCUUUGGGGUGUUGGCCAACAGGAUAGGUCGGUGGCUUUGCUCCCUGAUUGGGAUGAUGCUGGUAGGGACCAGUUUGCUCUGCGUUCCUCUGGCUCACAAUAUUUUCGGUCUCAUUGGUCCCAACGCGGGCCUUGGCUUUGCCAUAGGCAUGGUGGAUUCCUCUCUCAUGCCCAUCAUGGGACACCUGGUGGACCUGCGCCACACCUCGGUGUACGGGAGCGUCUAUGCCAUCGCCGAUGUGGCUUUUUGUGUAGGCUUUGCUAUAGGCCCGUCCACCGGGGGCGCCAUUGUACGGGCCAUUGGUUUCCCCUGGCUCAUGGUGGUCAUUGGGGUUAUCAACAUCGUCUACGCUCCUCUUUGUUACUUCCUGCGGAGUCCCCCGGCCACGGAGGAGAAGCUUGCUAUUCUGAGCCAGGACUGCCCCAUGGAAACCCGGAUGUACGCAACUCAGAAGCCAACGAAAGAAUUUCCGCUGGGGGAGAGCAGUGACGAGGAGGCUGACAGUGAGGAGUAG